GUUUGAUUCCUCUCGUUCCCUCUCUUCCUCCUCAUCUAGACAAUCUUUAAUAUCCCCCCAUCUCCUUCUUCCCUAUCAGAAAGACAGCCGAGGUGUCGUCAGAUUACUUGACCUACCCCGUCGGGACGUCAGGUCGACCCCUCCUUUGGUGAUUUUUCGUUGCGGUUUUCUUCCCUUUUGCGGCGCAUCUUUUCUUCUUCCCUUUCUUUUCCCCCUCCCUCAACUUUGGGUUUCUCUGGGAGGUUUUCCCUCAUCGUAUCGGCGCGCAAAAGUUAUAUAUCCGGCAUAGAAUUUUAUCGCUAUCUUAUUUUUUUACUACAUUUCUUUUUACAUAUUAGAGGAGUGCAAAUCUACACAAAUCCGCCAAGAUGCCUCCCAAGAAGCAGCAGGACCAGCCUAAGAAGAAGAAGGCCACGGUCGAGGAUAAGACCUUUGGCAUGAAGAACAAAAAGGGUGGUUCGGCCAAGAGACAGAUCGCUCAGCUACAGGCUCAAGCGGCAUCCAACAAGAACGCCGAGGCAAAGAAGAAGGAAGCCGAGAAGGCCCGCAGAGAGGCCGAGAAGAAGGCUUCCGAGCAGGCCAAGAAGGAAGCCUUGGAACUGUUCAAGCCUGUGCAAGUCCAGAAGGUUCCUUUCGGUGUGGAUCCGAAGACUGUGCUUUGCGUUUUCUACAAGCAGGGUAACUGUGAGAAGGGUAAAAAGUGCAAGUUCAGUCACGACGCGAGUGUGGAGCGCAAGGCGGCUAAGAAGGAUCUGUACACCGAUUCUCGAGACGUGAAGGCUACCGAGGAAGAGGCUAAGAAGAAGGAUACCAUCGAUGACUGGGAUGAGGAGAAGCUGCGCAAGGUCAUUCUCAGCAAGCACGGUAACCCGCGUACGACUACGGACAAGGUCUGCAAAUACUUCAUUGAGGCUGUCGAGAACCAGAAGUACGGUUGGUUCUGGACUUGUCCUAAUGGAGGUGACAAGUGCAUGUACAAGCACAGUUUGCCCCCUGGAUUCGUUCUGAAGACGAAGGAACAGAAGGCCGCCGAGAAGGCUCUCAUGGACAAGUCGCCACUCAACACCUUGACCCUCGAAGACUGGUUGGAAAGUGAGCGUCACAAGCUGAGUGGCAACUUGACGCCCGUCACGCCUGAGACAUUCGCCAAAUGGAAGAAGGAGCGUCUUGACAAGAAGGCUGCUGAGGAGCAGGCCCGCAAGGCCAAGGAAACCACUGGACGGACACUGUUCGAAGAGGGCAACUGGCGUGCUGACGACGAGAGCAGUGACGAGGAAGAGGAUGAUGGCACGUGGAACCUGGAAGCUUUGCGGCGCGAGACGGAGAAGAUCCGUGAGAGGAAGGAAGAGGAACGCCUGGCAGCGCUGCAUGGCACGCCAGUGCCGGUUUCCAACGACGAGACGAUUGCACAGGAAGGAGCCGGCUGAGUUCUGUGCGAUACAUCCCCAAGGACGCAAAAGGCACUUGGGCGAAAGGGGUUGCGGACCUCCCCCACACUGGGAACGGUGUCCCAAGCCGUUGUCCGGACCUGGGAUGCCAAUCGGGUUGAUGGAUGGUAGAUACAAUGCUGAUUCUCUUUGGGUUCUUUGAAUUGUGACGAGGAUACACCAAACUAGAUCGCCUGGUAUCGAUGUCCGCGACUUGGGUUGGAUGGCUCUUGCGGUUAAACGUGAACGGUUGGUCGUGUCGCCUGGAUUCCUAGUUCAGCCACCGUUGGAUCGGUGCCAGCUGAACUGAAUCUACAGAGGCAUGGAUUGGGGCGGAGUGAGGAAUCAAAUGGAGAGAAGAUACCAGAUUGAUUGAUUGAGAGACAUCGACAGGGUCUGGAGGUUCGUUAUCCAGGGGAUGAACUAACUGAUUCAUGAUAUGAUUUGCUAUGCCCGAUCUGUACGUAGAACGUUUGUUUUUUAGGUUGAAAUGAGC